CAGUGAACUUCUACCCACAUUGGGAUACUGACUGCAACAUAGCUGUCCCAGCAGCACGGUGCUAACAUAUCGAAAGCAUGGCUUUCCUCACUCACCAAGUCACACGGGGCUUCUCCUCUUCAGCUGUCAGAAAUGUGAUUAUAAAACAAGUUAUGAUCAUCGGAGGCGGUCAGAUGGGCGCAGGAAUUGCACAGGUCGCUGCUGCAACUGGCCAUUCAGUGACGUUAGUGGACAUGUCAGAAGACAUCCUGAAAAAGGCUGUAAAAGGCAUCGAAGGCAGUUUAAAAAGAGUGGUGAAGAAGAAGUUUGCGGAUAAACCAGAGGCAGGUGCCGAGUUCGUCCAGAAUGUGAUGAAGAAUGUGUCAUCCUCAACAGACGCAGCGUCUACCGCCCAAAGCUCGGAUCUGGUUCUUGAGGCCAUUGUAGAAAACCUCAAAAUCAAGCAGGAUCUGUUUGCUGGACUAGAUAAAGUUGCCCCAGCACACACAAUCUUUGCCAGCAACACCUCAUCGCUGCCCAUCUCUGACAUCGCCAGCUCCACCAGUAGGUUGGACAGGUUCGGAGGUCUUCACUUCUUCAACCCGGUCCCUAUGAUGAAGCUGGUCGAGGUUAUUGGCACGUCAGCCACUAGCCAGGAUACCUUCGAUUCCCUGCUGAAUUUCAGCAAGGCUCUUGGGAAAACACCGGUGUCAUGCAAGGACACUCCUGGGUUUAUUGUGAACCGCCUGCUGGUGCCCUACAUGAUGGAGGCUAUCCGGUUACAUGAGAGAGGUCAUGGAUCUAAAGAGGACAUUGACAUUGCCAUGAAGCUCGGAGCGGGCUACCCCAUGGGACCGUUUGAACUCCUCGAUUACGUAGGUCUGGACACGGCCAAAUUCAUUAUCGACGGUUGGUGUCUGAUGGACCCAAACAACCCCCUGUUCGGCCAGAGCGAGAUGCUGAACAAACUGGUCGCUGAAGGCAAAUAUGGCAGAAAGACUGGAGAGGGUUUCUACAAGUAUAAGUGAUUAACACACGCUCAUAGUGUGGCAUGAAAAAUAAAAGGUUCAGGAGGAUAGAUUGCUGGACUCAUGUUGACGUGAAUGCGCGCUACAUUUGAUUUCUACGAUCUGAGAGGAAAGUUGAAAGAGAUCACACAGUGCAAUUAUAAAUGCUAAACACACUACACGUACACAACAAAAAAAUCAUUCACCAAGCAACUAUGAAACAUAUCAAGAUUUUUACCUUUUUUUGUGGACUCGAUCACUCGUGUCAAACGACACCAUUUGUAUUGGCAAUGAAUGUGUUUAGUCUAACUUGAGUAAAUCACACUGUUAUGACAACGAUAUUGAACUGAACCCUCGUGCCUUCAUACAACGCGUCUCCCAGCUGACCUGUGUCCAGGCGGUCAUCUUUCUCUGUAUUUAAAUGUUGUUGGUAAUAAAGGGAGCUUUUCCAUGUGCGUCUACUAAUGCUUGUGUUGUCUUUAAAUGUGACUGAUGACGAUGGGUAGAUGUAAUCGUUUGAGUUGUAAUUCAACUUAAAAUACAAAAUAUACAUAUUUUUUCUUUUGAUUUGCAUGCUAAGCAAUUUCAAUUAACGUUCAAUGAGAGAUGUAUCAAAUUACAACCCUAAAUUAAUGUUUUAGUUUUCUGAGAAGUACUUGUGUUAGAGUGUAGUGUUAGAUGCGAAUAAACAUGAGAUAUUUUUGAGUGAGACGCCCCUUAAAAUAACUCAUGAUGGCGCUGUUUGACUAGAAAUCCACAAUGUAGCAAUUUCGGGAAACAGAAAAUAAUAUUUUGACAUUGACUUCUUCAUCAGGGUUCUGUUUAGCAUUCCGAUUUAUACGUUGGGACUAUUAAGUUGUCAGAGAAAUUAAAUGUUAAAUUCACCUGCGAUUUAUAAAUAAAGCUUGGGGAAAAGAUUCAUCUAA